UUUAUUUUUAAACGUCACUUUGACUUUGAACUCAUCUAAUUAAUAACUGGCAUAAAGACUCUCAGGAAAACCGAAGACAAAUUGUUAGUGUGAUAUUAUUGUUGGCUAUAUUUUAGUUAUUUUCCUAAAAUAAAUUUUACACUUUUCUACAAAAGACAUAAAGAAAAAAGCAAAGAUGGCAGCACAAUUCGCUAAUGUUCAGCAAAAAUGGGAUGAAUAUAAGGUUUCAUUGGACAAGUCGUUGAACGACAAGUCUAAGCCCUGGUAUAAAGGAUUCCAAAUGGUCGAAGAAAAAACCAAUGUACCCAGAAUUUAUCUAUUCAUAGGUGCCGCCGUUUUCUGCGCUUUAUAUUUGGUCUUUGGUUAUGGAGCUCAACUUUUAUGUAACAUUAUUGGCGUUGUAUAUCCAGCCUACAUUUCCAUACAUGCUAUUGAAUCCAGCACCAAAUUGGAUGAUACCAAAUGGCUUACCUAUUGGGUGACCUAUGGCAUCAUGUCAAUCAUUGAAUAUUUCUCAGGCAUUUUAACUUCAGUCAUACCCUUUUACUGGUUGUUGAAGUGCGUUUUCUUGGUGUGGUGCAUGUUGCCCAUGGAACAAAAUGGUUCUUAUAUCAUUUACAACCGUGUUAUACGUCCACGUUUCCUUAAACAUCAUCAAGCUGUUGACUCUGCGUUAGAUAAUGUUAUUGGUCAAGCCAAGAAAAACAUUAGCUCAGUUUUGAAAUCUGAUUAAAUCUUUUAACCCAUAAAUACACACGCAUCUCUUUUAAGUCCUACCAAUCAUAUUUAAGAAGCAUUUCCUUAAUCAUAAAAGCGAAAACAAUUACAAUCAUCAUCGGAAACUUCAACAAGCUGAUCAAUAUUUCUUUGGUGGUGGUCAUGAUGGUGACGGCGUUGUCGUAAGGAGCACACAAUUUGUUCGGAUCAAAAAAAAAUUAUGAAAAAAAAGAAACAAGUAUCUUUAGUGUUAUUUAUUUUAUAAUAAUAGUAUGUGUCUUCGCAAUUAAACCUCAACAACUAUUUAAAACUCUUCAUAAAAACUUUAAAAAUCUGUGAAAUUUCCAAAAAGGACUUGUAAUAUUUUUUUUUUAUUAAAUAUAAUUAAUAAUUUUAGUUUGCCAACUUCUUAUUCAUAUAAUUGUGUAUGUUCAAGAAAAUCUAAAAUAUUAUUAAACAAACAAUGAAAAAAAAAAACAGAAAUUAUUGUUAAAUAAAAUCAUCUAAAACUGUUAAAAAAGAACUAAAAAUAAA